UUAUUUUGUCAAUUAAUGGUCAAUUAAAUAAUAUUUUCAAUACUAACAAAAAUUAUGAUAAUUUUAGACAAACAUGGGAUUCACAGUCAAACAAAAACUAUACGUCAAUCGAUGAGGUGAUCACCGAUGGACGUCUACAGUGGCAGUCGUUGAUGACAAACCAUACGAUUCCCGGAUCGGUUGUGGCGUUCAGUAUUAAUGGCAAAACUGUUUGGUCAGAAAGUUUCGGUUUGGCAGACAUUGAAAACAAUGUACCCACACAUGUGGACAGUCCGUGGAGAUUGUGUAGUAUUAGCAAAUCGUUGACAUCGGCACUGGUAGGUCAGCUGAUUGACCGAAAAAUAUUGAAUUUAGACAAACCAAUUACCGACUAUUUGCCAUUGAGUUUGUUUCCCGUUCACCGAUACAAUGGUACAGCUUAUACACUAACACUGAGACUAGUUAUGUCACAUUUGGCUGGACUACAUGUGACCAAAAUACCCGAUGAUUUAACCAAAUUUUAUCGGGCAUUAAAUAUUACCGAAACUAUUGAAUUGUUCAACAAUGAACCGUUACUUUAUAGACCUGGUAGUGAAUUUCAAUACUCAAACUAUGGCUAUCAAUUGUUGGGUGCAGUCAUCGAGUCGGUAACACAUGAAAACUAUGACCAACAAAUGGCUAAACUGUUUGCUAAGUUAGAUAUGCGGGGGACUGGUGUCGAAAAACGCGAACAACUAUUGAAACAUAGGCCCAGAUAUUAUUCGCAAUCAUCAGAUAAUAAGCCAACUGAGCUCGAAAAUGGCGAUCUCAGUGCCGAUUUGUUUUCCUACGAGGGCUGGUGGUCGGCUGGCGGCAUACUGUCUACUGUUACCGAUUUGCUUAAGUUUGGCAAUGCUAUGAUUAGAGCCUAUCACGGAACUGAUCAAUCAAUUGUUAGCAAAUCAGUGAUUAGAGAGCUAUGGAAACCGGAAACCAUUGGCAAAGUUAAGCCGUCUUACAUGAAAUACAUGGACUACGGAAAAGCCUGGUUCAUAAGCAACAUGAAUGCCAGUUAUCCCUAUAGACUGGUUGUCGGACACAGUGGUGGACUGCCCGGUGUGACCACACAAUUGCUACUGUUUCCCGAGCAAAACAUUGUUGGCGUAGUGUUUGCUAAUAAAGAUGAUUUGGAUUUUUUGGAUUUAUAUAUUCAACAAGUGGCUGAAAAUUUUCAAAAUUUUUUAUAA